CUCAGCUGAACUCACCUCUCCUGUCAACAUGUCCUACAGCUGCUGCUCUGGAAACUUCUCCUCCCGCUCCCUUGGGGGCUUCCUGCGCUACCCAGGCUCCUCCUGUGGCUCUUCCUACCCCAGCAACCUGGUCUACAGCACUGCUCUGCUCUCCCAGCACCUGCCAGCUGGGCUCCUCUCUCUACGGUGGCUGUCAGAAGACUUACUGGGAGCCCACCAGAUACCAGACGUCCUGUGUGGUGUCCAGCCCCUGCCAGAGGUCCUGCUACCGUCCAAGGAUCUCCACAGUCUGCAGUCCCUGCCGGUCAACUUAUGCCAGGUCACUGGUCUCUGGGUCCAGCAGCUGCUGCUCCCUGAGCUAUGGAUCUAGAAGCUGCUACUCACUGGGCUGUGGAUCCGGUGGCUUCAGACCCCUGGGUUAUGGAGUCUGUGGCUUCCCUUCCCUGAGCUAUGGAUCCAGU